AUGGAUAUUAGCAAAAAUAUAGUAGGUUACCUGUAUGGCUCAAUGGCUUCCUUGAUAUUGCUGAGGAGAAGAGGGUUUAGGGAGAAGACAGAACAUAAGAACAUUCUAAUCCAGUCUAGUGUUGAUAAUGUGGAGGAGUCACAUAGGCUUCAAUUUUCAAACUGGAUUUCUAAAAGGGUCACAGAACUAUACAACGAUGGUAAAGUUAGUAAACAAAUGCUUUCUUUGGCUCGAGGUCCUGAAAGGCGAGUAACUUAUUAUCCUGGUUAUUAUAUUAGUGGUUUUAGAUUUCAUACAUUGCAGCGUGAUGAGAAUAAAAAAACACAAAAUAGUGGAAUUAUGGUUAAGGGGGAGAAUCAGGUUGACGAUGUGCCUUGGUAUGGAACCUUAGUAGAUAUUGUGGAGCUUCGUUACACAGAAGGAAAUAGAGUUGUAUUGUUCAAUUGUGAUUGGUAUGACACAGCACGAAAAGGAACAGGUUACAAGAUAGAUCGUUAUGGAAUAAUCACUGUUAAUACAACGCGCAAGCUAAAUACUCAAGAGCCAUUCGUACUAGCAAGUCAAGCAACCCAAGUUUUUUAUGUGAAGGGGGUUAAAAAUAAAAUUUGGAGUUUUGUAGUGGAAACAAAUCCAAGAAAUGCUUAUGAGAUGACUAAUGAUGAGAUUGAGCCAUACCAAGAAGCAGAGACUCAAAGUCAAAGCAUGCAUGCCAUCCAAAAUGAUGUUGAAGACAAUGAAAUUGAUUGAAGAAGGGAUGUGAUUCAACUUACAAC